UGGCUUCAGUGUGAUGUGAAUGAAAUAGAAUCAGCGUGAGGGAGGGAGACAGAACAAAUCAACCUGCCUCUUUUGACUGAACAACGGAAUGGAAGAGCUGAGCUCCUAGGCACACUGACCAGAGAGGAGUUUUCUUUUUGGAGAGGGGAAGAAGAGAGCAGACAAGGGAAAUCGAAGAGGGACGAGGAGGAGAAAAAGCAUCAGCGUGGGGAUAGAUAGCAGAAAAAUGCUGUCAUGGGGAGAGGGGGGAGGGAGGCUACAGAAAGGAACAGGAUGAUACCAGGCAGGGUGGAGCGGAGCUGAGAUGUGGAGCAGGACCAAACCAAAACUGGACCAAACCAAAACUGGGGCACACCAGAAUCGUAGUCAUCUGCAGAGCUGGAGAAGGCCCUAAAAUAACUUGGAAUGGGUGUACGCUUUCCAGACUUAAAACAUAUAAAUGUAUCUGACUGUGUGGACAUAACUGUCAUCUAAUAGUCCUCUGCAUUUUGUUAUUGAAUGUGGAUGAGGAACACGUGUAGUACCUUUACUCAUCCGGUUUGGGAAAGUGAGGAGAGACAGUUGGAGGAUUGGAGUCAGAGUCUGAGGCGCCAUGCAGUCUGAUGACCUCUUCCUCCGCAAGUUCUGCCGGCAAAGGCCGCGACCCCCUCUGGCAACGGUCAACUUUGACUCUAAGCGGGACGGUGGGGUACGGGCGCGGGUGCUGGCAGGGGAGUGGCCCCCGAGGAGGGACGGGGAGGGGGCAGAUGGGGAGAGCCUUACUAACCCGAACCGUGUGGGUCUGAACCUGAGGUCCGUGGGCCGAGGACACAUCAUGCAGAGAAGCAACAGUGACGUGACUCUGGGUGACCUGGACUCCUCUGGUAAGGUGGGAGGGAAGGCCACACGGGCGGUGGGGGAGAAGGCAGGUGCCGGGGCUCAGGGGGACUCAGGGGUGGUGCUGCACAGGGAGUAUGGCAGCCUCUCCUCACUGGAGAGACAGACAGGUCUGUCAGGAACACAGGAGCUCCGUGCAGACGACCAGGGAGCUCUGAGCCCCAACGCCCUCCGCUUCAAAGACCCCUUCCUGCUGCUGGGUCUGCAUGCAACACCCCCAGAACCAGACGGUUUCUUCAGGGCUCUUUCCGCCCCCACAGGAGAAACUCCAAAACCAGCCAAGCCCCCCAAGCCUGAGGGGCUGAGCAAGAAGACCAAGCCUUCACCCCCACAGAUCCCCCAACCAGGUCCUUAUGACAACCUGGGAGGCGGAGCCUGGGUCAGGAACUUUGCCCACUAUGAUGUUCAGAGCAUUCUGUUUGACCUCUUGGAAGCAGCCAGCAAUCGGGACAGCAUCGGCCGCAAAAAGAACAUCACCUCAGGGGCGUCGGCUGCCUCAACGAUGCGCCCCCUCCCCCAGGCCACACCCUCCUCCCCCUCGCAGGGUGGGGGUAGUGGUGGGGGGGCUGUGGAGGACCCUGACCAGUGUCUGCUGGAUGAGGGAGAUGGGAACGACAACGAGCUGCUGCUCAGCUGCCCCCACUUCCGUAACGAGAUGGGGGGUGAGGAGCGGGCGGGCCUGGGGAAUACACAGGGAAGAGGGUGCCUGUGGCUGAGCCUGAGGAACCCCAACGAUGCAGUGUCAGUACUGGAGGAACCCAGAGAGAGCCACGUCCAACAGCAGGGCAAGAGCAACUACUUCAUAGAACACGCAGACCUGGGAGCCCACUACUACCGCAAAUACUUCUACAUGAAAGAUCAUCAGAACUUCUUUGGUAUAGAUGACCGCCUGGGUCCAGUGGCCAUCAGCUUCCGUAGAGAGGAGAAGGAGGGGUCCAGUGGAGCUCAGUAUAACUACAGAAUCAUCUUCAGAACCACUGAGCUGAAGACUCUGCGAGGCUCCAUCCUGGAGGAGUCCGUGCCGUCAGCGGCCCGCCACACCACCCCGCGCGGCCUGUCUCCCAAGAGGCUCCUGGAGUUCAUCAUCCCUGAGCUCAACCUCCACUGCUUGCGUCUGGCCUCCACCUCGCCCAAGGUCCGAGAUACCCUGCUCAAGCUGGACGAACAGGGGCUGAACUUCCAGAGGAAGGUGGGGGUGAUGUACUGCCGUGCAGGCCAAAGCUCUGAGGAGGACAUGUACAACAACGAGAGCUCUGGGCCGGCUUUCGAGGAGUUCCUGGACCUGCUGGGGGAGAGAGUGAAGCUUAAAGGCUGGGAGAAGUACCGCGCUCAGCUGGACACCAAGACGGACUCCACGGGGAUCCAGUCCCUCUACACGCGCUACCAGGACUAUGAGGUCAUGUUCCACGUGUCCACCAUGCUGCCCUACACGGCCAACAACACACAACAGUUGCUGAGGAAGAGGCACAUUGGGAAUGACAUAGUGACCAUAGUGUUCCAGGAGCCAGGGGCUUUGCCCUUCACUCCUAAGGCCAUUCGCUCCCAUUUCCAACAUGUCUUCAUCAUCAUCCAGGUGGAAAAGUCCUGCUCUGACCACACCUACUACAGGGUGGCGGUAACACGCUCCAAAGACAUCCCGUUAUUCGGGCCUCUGUUCCCUAAGGGUGCUCGAUUCCCCCGUUCCCCUGCCUUCAGAGACUUCCUGCUGGCCAAGGCGGUGAACGCUGAGAACGCUGCCGAGAAGGCGGAGAAGUUCCGCUCCAUGGCCACGCGUACACGGCAGGAGUACCUGAAAGACCUGGCAGAGAACUACGUGACCACCACGCCAAUCGACUCCUCCACCAAGUUCCCCCUGCUGUCCCUGGGGGGCAAGCGCAAAGACAAACUGAAGGGGGCCAAGGGGGCAGAGCUGCACAGUGCUGGGGCGCUAGUCUGGGCUGUCAGGGCCACCAGUGGGAAUGAGGAGGAGACAGGAGGACAAAAGCUGCCCUGUCUACUGGGGGUCUCAGCUGAAUCAGUGGUGCUGAUCGAGAGAUACACACGGAGGGUGGUGUUCAACUGCUGCUGCCGUGACGUGAUUGGCUGGAAGGCGGUGACAGACAGCAGGGCCAUAGGUGGGCCUUGCCUGGAUAUCUUCUAUGAGAGGGGGGAGGCAGUGUCAAUCAGUGUGAUGGACAGCCAGGCAGAGGAGAUACGGGAGAUGGUGCAGAGACUAGAGCUGGUGACGCGGGGCUGUGAGGCGCGGGAGGUGACCCCGCUGCGUGACGGGGUGGGCCAGCCAGGCUUCCUGAUGAGCGAGGAGGGCUUUGUGACAGACCUGCAGCGAUUUGGCUAUGCGGAGAGUGGGGGUCUGCAGCUGGGGGCGCGGGUGGUGCGACUGUGUGGUCACGCCCUGGUGCACCUGGGGCCGGAGGAGAGGGCCAGACUGCUCCGCACUGCCCACAAGAUCCACAUCACCGUCAUCCCUCCAGACGAGAACGGCAAGCCCCGCAGGAGUUUCUCCGAGUUGUACCAGAAAGCCAUCCAGGAUGCAGAGCGUAAGCCUGGGGAGGGCCAGUCUGGAGAGGCCUGGGUACUGGACGAGAGGGAGGAGGAGGAGGAGAUGGAGGAAGAGGAGCGUGAACAGGGAGAGGGAAAGGAGGCGGAGACGAUGGAGGGACCAGCUGAGGGAGGAGAGGCUGAGGACAGGCCGUCAGAGAUGGGACAGGGUGAGGAGGACCAGGGGGACCAGGGCUCCCUUUUCUCCACACCCAGCCUGCCUAUUUUACGGGCCACCUCCCUGCAUGACCACCCCCCCAACCAGACCAUGGAGGCGAUCAGCCACUCCCAGCUAACACGCAGCUACUCCUUAGAGUACUCCCGGGACAUGUGUGGCGGGCAUGUGUAUGACAACGUGGGUGUGAAGAUGGAACAUCACAUCUAUGAGAACCCAGGGGAGCUGAGAGACGCCACGCCUGACCUCAUCCUGGCUGUUAAACCCAAGGUGCCCCUGGACGAGGAGCAGUUUGUAGGGGCUGAGUUGGGUGAUGAGAGGACGUUAGCGAGGGACCCUUCCCUGUCCUCCGCCCGGUUGUCAUGUCUGGACAGAACAGAGAGGAACUCCCGAGCUUUGAGCCUACACAACUCCAUCACCAAGAUCCUGUCCGAGAACACAGAUUCCUCAGAGGAGGAGUGGCAGUCUAUAGCUGAUCUAGCCGCCGCCUGUCGCGGCAUCCUGGAGGCCUUGUCACAGGAAGAUCGUAAAGCAGGAGAUGGGACCCAAGGAGCAGACUCCCUGACAGAUGGCAAGCUAAAGGACAUGAAGGACAGUGACUCCCCUGGCCACAUGGAGAAGGUUUCCCAGCUGGAGGACAUGCUGAAGAGGCUGCAGGACGACCUGCAAAAGUCUUGUCCACUCAAUGCAGCCACCCCUCACCCACCUCCACCCAUACCCAGCUCCCUCUCACCCCUCCAUCCAUCCCAGCCAUGGUGGUCUGACAGACGGGUGUUGUUGUGUGCCGCUCCCUGGCAGGAGAAGGAGGACAAGGCGGUGCUGCAGGCCGAGGUGCAGAGCCUCAGGCAGAAUAACCAGCGGCUGCAGGAGGAAUCCCAGAGCACCGUGUCCCGCCUCAUCAAAGUCACCGAGCUGCUGUGCAAUGUCAACAAGCCCUGUUAGCUCCACCACAGUGCACACUGUGCGCACACACACACACACACACACACACACACACACACACACACACACACACACACACACACACACACACACACACACACACACACACACAGAUCACACACAAACAAACACACACAGAUGAUCGCACACAGAUCACAAACACACUGCGCAUUCAAUAUUGUAUAAAAACACACCAGCACAGUACAUCAACCUGCUCUACACCACACAUGCAUAAUACUCCGCAUUCUGUCGGAUGACAUUUUACCUCUGGGCAAGCCCAUGAGGGCAGAGUCAACUCAAAAAACAACUCUGAAACAUUUCUCACCAUCUGAUAGUCCUCCCAAUAGAUUGACUAAUGGUUGUGCUUUACCCAAGAGUGUGUUUUGUACCUUGAGUGUGCGCAAGUGAGUGUGUGUGUGUGUGUGUGCCGUCACUAUGGUUCUUUUAUCUUGCUUCACAUACUUGACAAGUUGGGCAGAAUAGCAAUUGCUUAAAACAACCCAGUUGAUUUAGAUGAAGAGGCACGUGUGCAGCAUGUUUGGUGGCUGUUUAUUUCGAUUGACACAAAGCGUGUGUGUAUGUCUCAUGAGGUACGUAUGUAAACAGUAGUCUCCCUCCCCUCUCCGCUCAACCCACGCCAUGAUAUGCAGCGUCUCGGACCGAGAGCAGUUCAACUGGGCACCCUUAGAGUGGAGGGCCUUGGAGCUACAUAUUACACAGAGAAAAGGGAACAUGACAAUUGCAUGCCUGCAGGCAGCCUGCUGGAAAAGAUGGAAGGAUGCAUACUGACCCUGCCUCUCUCUGCCAACAUUCUCACGGAAUGGUUCAUUCAUUGGGUAGAGACACCAUUCUCUCCUCUCCAUACCUCCUCAGCUUAAUUUCAAGGGUGGUGGACUUGAGUAUUCCACGUCUGCUUCCAGUGAAUGAGACACAAUUAAUUCUGAUUGAGUUGAAACAGAUAUUCAAGUGGAUAACACCUCUGCCGAGGAUGAAACAAUGGGGGAGAUCCUCGUCAUCCCUGAAAGACUGGCUGUAGAAGCUAUGCUGUAGAAAGUGCACCUCCUGCUGGACUGAACCAUGCAUUGUCAUAAGGCAGCUCUCCUUUUAGACAAAACUAUUGUAGGGAUUUAAUGUGAACUGGACAGGAUUUCUUUAGUGAACACAGCCUUCUGUGUUACAAUAUAUGUUGUGUUUGAUGGCCACAAUGACAAUUCAGUGUAUUUGAAAUGAAUCCAGAAUGGAGUGGAUACCUGUGGGUGAGGGAUUCCCCCAUUUCACCCUAAUGUUUUUGUCUGUGUACCUACUGUAUGUGUGUUUCUGUGUUGUUCUUGCACUUUUAGCAUCACCUAUAUCGGCAUGGGACAGGGCACAUAUUUAACCUCCUGCCCAGGUUCAUGCCUUGCUUGAAACAUUUAAGUGGAUUUGAUCUCACCACUUCACCUCACCCCACCUCACCUUCAGGUCCACUGCUGAUGACGCCAAUAACAAUGUGAGAUCAGAGGAGAACAGGAUUAUUCCUCCUCCAAGACUGUUCUGCCAAAAGAUGCCAAGGCAGCUCUCCUACACCCAACUCAAACCACUGGACCCAGCUGUGUUGUACAGCUCUGUAAGGGAUGCCAAACAAAAAGCUCUUGUUUGUUGUAUAUACUAUUUUACUUCCUCUUGUAAUUUUAUUUUAGAGUCACUGUGAUUACCCGGUACCAGCAGAUAAUGAUAUAUUCAAAUUAAAUUAUAAAUCUAAACUUUAUCUAUAUGUGAAGACAACAUGUACAGCUGAACUGCUCAGUGCUACUUAGUACAUUUGGUUGUGUAUGCCCUCAAUUGCAGGAUGGUUUAAUAUGGAGACUAGUGUAAAUGUGCCCAAACAGGCAGUUUGAGCCAGGCUGUUUAAAAUGGUGAUGCCUUGUUGUUGGAAAUGAUUAGCAGAGUGGAGAAGUGUAAGAAUAUCUGAUGUUUUACUGUGUUCUUCUGUAUAGUUCUGUAGAUUGUAGGAGGUUGAUGAAGCAUGAUAAUGCACCAGGUCACUUCCUAGCUCCCCUCUCUGUGUGUGUGUAUGUAUGUAUGUAAAAAAAAAAAAAAAAAAAAAAAAUGUAAUAACUUAUUAAUCUUGCAAAUGUGGAAUUCCCUGUUAGAUGUGUCAAUACAAGGGGAGGGAGGCAGCAAUUAGAUGUGUUAUAAAGUUCAAAUGGUAUGAUAGGGGUUGGUUUUAAGGAAGAAUCUGUUUUUAUAUAUACAUUCAAAUACAAGAAGACAAGAGGUCAAAUAUUUCUGCAGUGUUAUAGUAUUUCUUGGGGAAACGAUAAUGGCUAUCGUUAUCAUUCUAGUAUUGAGCUAUUCAUUCAGAGCUCCUACGUUCCCGUUCAAUAAGGUCUCUAAUGCCACUAGGUACGCCUUAAAGAGUGACUCUGGGACUCUCCAGAGAGGACAGGACAGACAACAUGGUCAGACUGGUUCAUGUGAAGGCUUCUUUCUCAGACAUUGUGCCUACCUGAAAUUGUAAUGUAUGGUAACUCAGCGUGGUGUCUUCAUUUCUGUUCUUCAUGGUCAUUGUUUGUCCUGUUAUCCUGCAGGAUAGACAGGUGUGUCUGCCACAUGACAGUGGUAGAUGUAGGGGUUGGUUGGUAUGGGGUCUCUCCAGGGUCUGCUCGUCAAUCCUCCCAGAGGAUCUGUGGCCAUUAAAUCAAAAAGAUGGGUUUAGGGACCCCAGGAAAGUGUCAGAAAGGUUAUAUGAAGACGAUAUGAAGUGUGUUUGCUUUUGUUAGGUUAAAGGAAAUGAUUCGUAUAGCGCUGGUUUAAGACCAGCAUCUCCAACCUUAUUGAAUCACAAUCAUUCGAUGCAUAAAAACAUAACUUUCCACAAUCAUUUGGACAUGAACCAUCCAGUGCACUUUGAACCCCCAUUUAUGUAUCACAAAAAGUAUCCCUGAGUGACACCUUGUAUGCCUGAGUGACCCCUAACAACACCUUGUAUGCCUGAGUGACCCCUAACAACACCUUGUAUGCCUGAGUGACCCCUAACAACACCUUGUAUGCCUGAGUGACCCCUAACAACACCUUGUAUGCCUGAGUGACCCCUAACAACACCUUGUAUGCCUGAGUGACCCCUAACAACACCUUGUAUGCCUGAGUGACCCCUAACAACACAUUGUAUGCCUGAGUGACUCCUAACAACACCUUGUAUCCCCAAGUGACCCCUAACAACACCUUGUAUCCCUGAGUGACCCCUAACAACACCUUGUAUGCCUGAGUGACCCCUAACAACACCUUGUAUGCCUGAGUGACCCCUAACAACACCUUGUAUGCCUGAGUGACUCCUAAACACACCUUGUAUGCCUGAGUGACCCCUAACAACACCUUGUAUCCCAGAGUGACCCCUAACAACACCUUGUAUCCCUGAGUGACCCCUAACAACACCUUGUAUGCCUGGGUGACCCAUAACAACACCUUGUAUCCCAGAGUGACCCCUAACAACACCUUGUAUGCCUGGGUGACCCAUAACAACACCUUGUAUCCCAGAGUGACCCCUAACAACACCUUGUAUCCCUGAGUGACCCCUAACAACACCUUGUAUGCCUGGGUGACCCAUAACAACACAUUGCAGAUGGUAACAAUGCAGUAGUCCUUUCACUCCCCUGCUCUAGGCUACAUCAGCUGGCAAACGAUCUCCACCCAGCCAAUAGUAAACCUGUGAGAAUGAUCCCUGGUAGAGACAUUGUGGUUGUUGCCUCCUCCCAUCCAUGCUGUAGGAGAGGAAACCAAUGACCAGUUGUUUUUCUUUUAUCCUCUUAUUUGUUUGCCUUAUAUGUCAUUGCAUCAUCCUUACAGGAAACCAAUGCUCUCCGUACAGUGUGUGCCCUACUUCCACCUUGUCAUCUCUUUGCUGCUGUUGUAGAACGGGAUGUAUUCAUGUGGCCAUACAGUAAGGAUGAUAGAAUACAGUACAUUAUUACCAGUGGAACCACACAUAACAUCACAUCACAUCCCCAGUGUAGGUUUAUGGGAGGCCUGGCCACACGUCGCUCAUGUCACAACGGUAGCACGCACUAUGCACUCUGCUCAGCCAGUUAAAGAGCUGACGUUACCAUAGCCAGGCAGUGGCACACUGAGGGAAUGUGCUGUGACAAGACAUGGUUUCAGUAUGAUGCCACCUUCACCUGUUAUGUCAUCCACGAGAAGAGUAAAUUGACUAAAUGUUGUUCAUGUACUGUGAACUGGAGGGCUCAUGGCAAUAAAGAUUCCUCUGUACCUUU